UGCGUUUGGUUGUUAUAUGGUCAAUGGCAGUCGACAUAUAGUACAUCUCGCUCUGAGUUGAAAUUAGUGUUGUUUAAAAUGAAACGGGUGAUGAACCUCUCAGAGGAGAACAGGACAGUCGUGGUCUCUGGUGUACCAGACACACUGUCCAGCAGCCGCAUGGCAGACAAACUGGUUAUUCACUUCCAGAGCUCCAGAAGCCACGGAGGAGAUGUAGAAAACAUCAAGUACCCGACCAGCUUCAAGGGGGUGGCUUUUGUUACAUUUGAAAACACCAGAGAUGCUGAGAUGGUAAUCAGAAAGAAGCAGAUAAUGUGUGACAAGGAGUUCCCUCAAGACUACCCUAUCACUGUAUUCAGAUUCACCCAAGACGUGUUGUUCUACGUGAACGCUAAAGUGGACCUGUCAAUCUGCGGUGACGAGGAACAGCAGGAGACCCUGAUCCAAAGCUUGCAGUCUGCUCACAGAUCAGUGAGGAUCUGCCUUCUACCCAACCAGGAGGGUAAAGCUUCAGUGGAGGGACCCUUCUCUGCCAUCAGGGACCUGAGAGAGGACCUGCUCCAGCGGGCCACUGCCAGCAGCAGCAGUCACCCAGGGGAGAAGCACAGGGCUCCAUCGAGCUCUGGUUACUCCCUGACCUCAGUGGCAGCAGGGAAUGGGGUAUCCCAGGUCAGCAGCAGUCACCCAGGGGAGAAGCACAGGGCUCCAUCGAGCUCUGGUUACUCCCUGGCCUCAGUGGCAGCAGGGAAUGGGGUAUCCCAGGUCAGCAGCAGUCACCCAGGGGAGAAGCACGGGGCUCCAUUGAGCUCUGGUUACUCCCUGGCCUCAGUGGCAGCAGGGAAUGGGGUAUCCCAGGUCAGCAGCAGUCACCCAGGGGAGAAGCACGGGGCUCCAUUGAGCUCUGGUUACUCCCUGACCUCAGUGGCAGCAGGGAAUGGGGUAUCCCAGGUCAGCAGCAGUCACCCAGGGGAGAAGCACAGGGCUCCAUCGAGCUCUGGUUACUCCCUGGCCUCAGUGGCAGCAGGGAAUGAGGUAUCCCAGGUCAGCAGCAGUCACCCAGGGGAGAAGCACGGGGCUCCAUUGAGCUCUGGUUACUCCCUGGCCUCAGUGGCAGCAGGGAAUGGGGUAUCCCAGGUCAGCAGCAGUCACCCAGGGGAGAAGCACGGGGCUCCAUUGAGCUCUGGUUACUCCCUGGCCUCAGUGGCAGUAGGGAAUGGGGUAUCCCAGGUCAGCAGCAGUCAUGCCUGGGAAAGGCACAGAGCUCCAUCUCCAUCAAGCCAUGAUCAUUCCCCGAGCUCUGUGGUAGCAGAGAGUAGGUCUUCCAGGGUCAGACCUGGGGAUGGUGCUGAGGUGGACUUCCGGGUCAGCUGUUACACCUGGGAGAAGAAGAACAGGGCAGCUGAUCAUUCUCUGUCAAGCUCUGUGGCAGGAGGGAGUGUGGCUUCUACAAUAAAUCAAUCCUUGGAAAAGCACCGCAGGGCAGCUCCAUCAAGCUCUGAUCAUUCUCUGAGCUCCAUGGCAUCAGGGAGUGGAGAAUCCAAGGUCAUCAGCAGCAGUCACACAUUAGAGAAGUACAUCGCUCCAUCAAGCCAUAAUCAAUCUCUGCCAAGCCAGUGGCAGCAGGAACUUCCAAGGAACCACGGUGUGUCAGCUGUGUUCGAUGACAAUGAUGUGGCCGACCUGACUCUGAUAUCACUGAGAGGGCGCCGCGACAGCAAGGGUCUCUCUGAAGUCCAACUGACCAUAUCAGAGCUGACUGAUUUGGUUGCUGUGUGGCAGUCAACCCUGAGAAUCCACACUAUAGACUACAGAAGGCAGGACCUGCGUGAGAGAAAGAGGCUGCUGCAAAUCUGUGCCGAGGUGAACAACAUUUAUGAGGACGUUCU